CAUAGCUAUUCAGCAGAAGAAACACACCAUCUAGUGGCCUCGUCUUCCUCAACCAAAAAAUGAAGCUCUUUUCUCUCAUUAUAUAUGAAUUUUGCUCUACAUGCCUUCCCCUAUUUCUUCUCUUAAUUACUUUGAACUCACUCUGGUUUGACCCAAACACAACUGCCUCUGCAUCAGGAAACCAAACUGACCAUUUGGCAUUGCUCAAAUUCAAGGAAUCAAUAUCCAGUGACCCAUAUGGUAUCUUGGUCUCUUGGAAUAGUUCUACCCACUUUUGCAACUGGCAUGGAAUCACAUGCAGCCCCAAGCACCAUAGAGUUACCAAGUUGAACCUACAAGAUUAUCAAUUGCAUGGGCUCGUAUCUCCACAAGUUGGCAAUCUCUCUUUUCUUAAAACCCUCGACCUCUCAAACAACAGCUUCUAUGGAAAAAUCCCGCAAGAAUUGGGUCGAUUGUUACAACUGAAGCAACUCUAUCUCAUCAAGAACUCGUUGACCGGGGGAAUUCCUACAAAUUUGACAAGUUGUUCUGAUCUCAAAGAGAUAAUCUUAUCUGGGAACAAUCUGAUUGGCAAAAUACCAAUUGAAAUUGCCUCUCUUCGGAAACUUCAAUUUUUUGGUGCUCGAAACAACAAUUUAACCGGAGGAGUCCCAUCCUUCAUAGGGAAUCUUUCAUCCCUAUCCUUUUUCUCGGUGGCUUACAAUAACUUUGAGGGUGAUAUUCCACAAGAAAUAUGUCGCCUCAAAAACAUGGCAUAUAUAUCAGUGUUUGACAACAGAUUGUCUGGUACAUUUCUUUCUUGUCUUUACAAUAUGUCAUCCCUUAUUUUAAUAGCAGCUGCAGAGAAUCAAUUUAACGGCUCUCUUCCUCCCAACAUGUUCCACACCCUUCCCAAUCUCCAAGAUUUUAGAAUUGGCGGGAAUCAAAUUUCAGGUCCAAUUCCCACUUCCAUUGCAAAUGCUUCUGUCCUCCAAUCACUCGAUAUCAUUGAAAACAAUUUCGUGGGAGUAGUUCCAAGUCUGGGGAAGUUAAAAGAUCUGUAUAUCCUAGGUUUGUCCGUCAACAAUCUAGGUGACAAUUUAACUACAGAUUUGGAGUUUUUAAAAUCAUUGACAAAUUGUAGUAAGUUGCAACAUUUAGAUAUUGCCUACAAUAACUUUGGAGGUCGUUUGCCAAAUUGCUUGGGCAAUUUAUCCUCCCAACUCAGUGAACUAUAUCUUGGGGGUAAUCAGAUAUCGGGAAAAAUUCCUGCGGAAUUAGGAAAUCUAAUUAGUUUAAUUCUCUUGACAAUGGAAAAUAGCAAUUUUGAGGGGAUUAUUCCAUCUGCUUUAGGAAAGAAUCACAAGAUGCAACUUUUAGAAUUGGGUGGAAACAAGCUGUCAGGAGGUAUACCAUCCAUCAUAGGCAACCUUAGUUUGUUGUUUCAUUUGAGUUUAGACCAAAAUUUGUUAGAAGGAAAUAUUCCUCUAAGUAUACAAAACUGCCAAAAGUUACAAUAUCUAAAAAUUUCCCGAAACAAUCUUAGAGGAACCAUUCCUUUAGAGGUUUUUAGUCUUUCCUCUUUAACAAAUUUACUAGACUUGUCACACAACUCAUUGAGUGGAAGUCUACCAGAUGAAGUGGGCCAAUUACAAAAUAUUGAUAUCCUGGAUGUCUCUGAGAAUCAACUAUAUGGUAAUAUUCCUGGAACCAUUGGAGAUUGCUCAAGCUUGGAGUACCUUUAUUUGCAAGGGAAUUCAUUCCACGGAAUCAUCCCAUCCUCUUUGGCUUCAAUAAAAGGUCUUCGACAUUUAGACCUAUCGCGAAAUCACUUGUCUGGAUCAAUUCCUGACAUUUUGCAAAAUAUUUCUUUCUUGGAAUACUUAAAUGUAUCAUUUAACAUGUUGGAUGGUGAGGUACCAACAGAAGGUGUCUUUCAAAAUGCAAGUGAGUUAUCAGUGAUCGGAAACAACAAGCUCUGUGGAGGUGUUUUAGAGCUGCAUCUACUGCCAUGCCCUUUCAAAGGUGAUAAACAUGAAAAACACCACAAUUUCAGGUUGAUAGCAGCAAUAAUUAGUGUGGUUUCUUUUCUUCUCAUACUGUCAUUCAUUCUCACUUUCUACUGGAUGACGAAAAAAAGCAAGAAAUCAUCUUCUGAUUCACCAACAAUUGACCAGCUGUCCAGGGUUUCAUACCAAAACCUACACCGUGGAACCGAUGGGUUUUCAAUAAGAAACUUGAUAGGAUCCGGAAGCUUUGGCUCUGUGUACAAAGGAACUAUUGAGCCAGAAGACACAAUGGUAGCCAUAAAGGUCCUAAAUCUUCAAAAGAAGGGAGCUCACAAAAGUUUCAUUGCUGAGUGCAAUGCACUCAAAAAUAUCAGGCAUCGAAAUCUGGUUAAGAUUUUAACAUGUUGUUCCAGUAUAGAUUUCAAAGGUCAAGAAUUUAAAGCCCUAGUUUUUGAGUACAUGUCAAAUGGAAGCUUAGAAAGUUGGUUGCAUCCAACUAAAGAAAUUGCAGAUCAGCCUAGAUUAUUGAACCUUGAGGAAAGGUUAAAUAUUAUUAAUGAUGUUGCUUCAGCAGUUCAUUAUCUUCACUAUGAAUGUGAGCAAGCUAUCAUUCACUGUGAUUUGAAGCCUGACAACGUUCUUCUUGAUGAUUGCAUGGUAGCUCAUGUGAGUGAUUUUGGCCUAGCAAGAUUGCCCUCGAGUGUUGGAAUCUCUCUGACGCAAAGUAGCACAAUUGGAAUAAAGGGAACAAUUGGUUAUGCUCCUCCAGAGUAUGGAAUGGGUUCUGAGGUGUCAAUUGAAGGCGAUAUGUAUAGUUUCGGAAUUUUUAUUUUAGAACUUUUAACUGGAAGGAGACCUACAGAUGAGAUGUUUAAAGAUGGUCGUACUCUUCACAAUUAUGUUAAAACUUUGAUUUUGCAUAAUAUUGUGCAGACUGUGGACCCAACUAUUCUUCCAAAUGAAUUGGACCGAGCUAGUGACAAUAAAAACCUUGGUCUUAUGUAUCCUAGGAUAGAGAAAUGCUUACUUUCUCUUUUUAGGAUUGCACUUGCUUGUUCAAUGGAAUCACCAAAAGAAAGAAUGAGUAUGAUUGAUGCUAUCAAGGAGCUUAAUAUAAUCAAAAGUUUCUUCCACUCUGGGGUAUAGUGGAGGGAAACUAGUAAAUGGAAAAGAGCCACUUUACUACAGCUACCAACUAAUACUAGUACAUGUUUCAUAUACUUCUUUGUUGUUGUUAUCUCUUAUCUCAAUGUUUUCCAUG